AUGUCAGACUCAGAAAACUCAGAUAUAACAGUAAGAAGACAAACAUCUAAAAUGACACAACAUUCAGCAACAUUGGGCUUCAUUGAUAAAUACUCCUUUAAACCAGAAGAUUGGGGCCCAUGGUUAAAAAAGUUCAAUAGGUACAGAAAUGCUACCAAUUUAGAUCAAAUAGAUGGAGAAAAGCAAGUAAAUUUCCUUAUAAUAUCCAUGGGUGAUAAUGCAGAAAAUGUAUUAAUAGCAGCAGGAGUAACAGAAGAAGAUGAAAAGACUUAUGAUAAAGUGGUGGAAAAACUUAAUAAGUAUUUUACACCAAGGGUGAAUUUGACCUAUGAGAGAGCGAAAUUCAAUCAACGAGUACAAAAGCAAAAUGAACCGAUAUCCGAUUUUAUAACAGAUGUACAUCAAUUAGCUUCUUCAUGUGAUUACAAAGACAUGAAAGACAGCCUUAUUAGGGAUAAACUCAUUGUUGGAAUAACAGAUUCAAAGUUAUCUAAGGAACUUCAACUGAUGGCUGACCUAACCUUGCAUGAAACAAUAAAUAGAUUGAAACAAAGUGAAAUUAUAAAGAACCAACAAAUUACUGUUAACAGAUCAAGAGAACAAGAUUUUGCAGAAAUAGACCAAGUGAAAAAACAUCCGAACUUGAAACAAAACAUAAGACAAUAUACUUCUAAUUGUUUUUACUGUGGAGGACAGAGGCAUCCUAAGGAGGAAUGUCCUGCUCAGAAUAUUGAAUGCUACUACUGUGGAUUGCAAGGACACUUCAGCCGAUGUUGUAAAAAGAGACAGAAUAAUAAAUACAGAAAUCAGAACAAUAAAUACAGAAACCCAACCCUGAAUCAAAUUCAGGAAAAUACCGAGAACAGAUUGGAACAGGAUAAUAGAAGCGAGGACGGGUAUUACAUUAACAGAGCUGAAGUUAAGAAAAUAAGAGCGACAACAAGGAACUACAAUAAACAGAAUGAAUUUGAAAUUGAUGUAAAACUUGAUGGGAAAUUGGAACAUUUCAAGAUUGACAGUGGAGCCGACGUGACGAUUGUGCCUCCAAGAAUGGCUAGAAACAAAUUAUUGACUAAAUCAAACAUUGUUUUAAAAACACCUGGAGGGAAGUAUUUAACAGUUUUAGGUAAAUUUGAAGGUGUAAUUCAGUAUAAGAAUAAAACAACUCGUCAAACAAUAUAUGUGAUCAAUGGUCAAGAGGAAGCAUUGAUUGGGAAACCAUGCAUCUCAGCCCUAGGGUUCUUAAGGGUCAUCAGAGGAGUUAAAAAUGACAUUCAGUCAAGUGAAUAUUGUAGCAACCAGAAUAUCAACACAGACCUACAGAAGAUCAAGAAUAAAUAUCCAAGUUUAUUUAAUGGGAUUGGUAAGAUGAAGAAAGGAGCUCAACUUAAACUGAAACAAAAUGCGGUACCGAUGGAGUUAAAAACUCCUAGAAACAUACCUAUUCCACUAAGAGAAAAAGUGAAAAAUGAACUUAAAAGAAUGGUUGAAGCGGGAAUCAUUGAAGAAGUUUGCGGACCUACGGAGUGGUGUCAUCCAAUGGUGGUAAGACCUAAACCUAAUGGCAGAAAACAAUUAACAACUGCCGACACGUUAUCAAGAGCGCCAAUCAACAAAACUGAAGAGGAAGAUAUUGAGAAACUUGCAGAAGAAGCAGAAGCAUGUAAGAAUGGGAACUAUUCAAAUCAGAAUACGACUUCACAGUGGAAACUAGUUCACCAUACCAUCAUCAGUGCAAUGGUCAAGCUGAAAGUGGUGUGA